AUGAGUGAGAUCCCAGGAAAUGGAAAAGACAUAUGUUAUUCACUAGAUUUCUGGACUUUUUUCUGGGUCUUCCCCCAAGACUGGCUAACAAUCCAACUAGUGGCUGGGUCUGGAAGGUGUUCUGGACGUGUGGAAGUUUACUUUGAAGGAAGUUGGGGAACAGUGUGUGAUGACUUCUGGGAUCUGAAGGAAGCCCAGGUGGUGUGCAGACAGCUUGCAUGUGGACAGGCUGUCUCGGCCCCUGGAAGAGCCUAUUUUGGCCAAGGGUCUGGCCAGAUUCUUCUGGAUGACGUGCACUGUUCUGGAAGUGAAAGCUACCUAGGGCAGUGCUAUGCGAGCUGGUUUGUGCACAAUUGUGAUCACAAUGAAGAUGCUGGUGUCAUUUGUUCAGAUUAUGAGUCUGAAAUCUCAGGAGCUUCUGGCUUUGAAAUCUUAACACAAUUUUCAGGUGAUUGGCCCCAACUGCAGUUAGUGAACGGGUCAAGUAGAUGUUGUGGACGUAUCGAAGUUUACUACCAUGGCCAGUGGGGCAGGGUGUGCGAUGAUCACUGGGACAUGAAUGAAGCGGAUGUGGUUUGCAGGCAGCUAGGAUGUGGGCGAGCCAUUGCUGCCCCCAUUGAGGCCCACUUUGGUGAAGGCUCAGGAGAAAUUCUUAUGGAUGAUGUGGAUUGUACGGGAAGAGAAAGUUAUCUGGGGCAAUGUCCCCAUGCAGGCUGGUUUCUGCAUAACUGUGGUCAUGGAGAAGAUGCCAGUGUUAUCUGUUCAGGUAUUAAAUUCACAACUCCACCAACAGAAGAUAUUGAUGAGUCAUCAUCUUCUGGGGAAAUAAUUCUACCUGCUGCCAUCUCAACUGCUCCAUCACCUGUAGUUGAUGAUCAUUCAGGGAAACUAUCAGCACUUUCUGCCAAAGAUCCAGCUUCUCCUUCACCAGGAACUAUGGACACAAAUAUGCUUUCAGUGUUGCCUGUUGCAGAUUCAAAUCCUCCAUCACCAGGAAUUAAUGAUAAAUCAAAUUUAAAUACAGAUAAGCCUCCAGUGAGACUAGUAAAUGGGACAGGAAAAUGUUCAGGAAGGGUGGAAGCUUUCUAUGAAGGAACCUGGGGGACAGUGUGUGAUGACCAUUGGGAACUGGAGGAAGCAGGUGUGGUGUGCAGUCAGCUUGGCUGUGGACAGGCUCUUUCUGCUUUCUGUGGGGCCCAGUUUGGGCCAGGCUCAGGGAAAAUUCUCCUGGAUAAUGUGCAGUGCAAUGGAGGGGAAAGUGACCUAGCUCAGUCCUCCCAUGAUGACUGGUUCAAACACAACUGUGGUCACGAAGAAGAUGCCAGUGUCAUCUGUGCAGAAUUACUAUCUGCCAUCUCAGUACCUCCAUCACUUGUCCACACUGACCACUCUAUUACCCAACCAGAGGACCAGCCUCCUGUGAGACUGAUAAAUGGAACUGGAAGAUGUUCAGGUCGGGUGGAAAUUUACUACCAAGGAACCUGGGGGACAGUGUGUGAUGACCACUGGGAGCUAAAGGAAGCAGGUGUGGUGUGCAGGCAGCUCGGCUGUGGAGAGGCUCUUUCUGCCCUCCAUGGGGCCCACUUUGGCCCAGGCUCAGGGAAAAUUCUCCUGGACAAUGUGCAGUGCAGUGGAGAUGAAAGUCACCUGGCUCAGUGUUCCCAUGAUGACUGGUUUAUCCACAAUUGUGGUCACAGAGAAGAUGCCAGUGUCAUCUGUUCAGCAGAAUCUUCCUCCUCCUCCUCCUCAUCAUCAUCAUCAAUGUCACCACUGUCAACAUCAUCAUUACCAGUAUCAGCAUCAUUAUCACCUAUAAAAAUUCCUAAUCCAUCUGAAGACAUGCCUCUUGUACGACUGGUAAAUGGAACAGGAAAAUGUUCAGGUCGGGUGGAAAUUUACUACCAGGGAAUCUGGGGGACAGUGUGUGAUGACCACUGGGAGCUAAAGGAAGCAGGUGUGGUGUGCAGGCAACUGGGCUGUGGACAGGCUCUUUCUGCCCUCCGUGGGGCCCACUUUGGCCCAGGCUCAGGAAAAAUUCUCUUGGACAAUGUGCAGUGCAAUGGAGGGGAAAGUCACCUGGCUCAGUGCUCCCAUGAUGAGUGGUUCAAACACAACUGUGGCCACAAAGAAGAUGCCAGUGUCAUCUGUACAGAAAGAGAAUUCUCUUUGCUUUCAUCUUCUGUAGCAGCAGCAGAAUUAUCACCGUCCUCAUCCUCCUUAUCUUCGUCAUCAUCGUCAUUAUCAUCAUCAUUCCCAGAACCACUUCUAUCAUCUUCAAAAAUACCUAGUCUAUCAAACAAUCAGCCUUCUGUGAGACUGGCAGAUGGGAAAGGAAGAUGUUCAGGUCGGGUGGAAGUUUUCUAUGAAGGAACCUGGGGGACAGUGUGUGAUGACCACUGGGAGCUGAAAGAAGCAGGUGUGGUGUGCAGGCAGCUUGGCUGUGGACGGGCUCUUUCUGCCCUCCAUGGGGCCCACUUUGGCCCAGGCAAAGGAAAAAUUCUCCUAGACAAUGUGCAGUGCAAUGGAGGGGAAAGUGACCUGGCUCAGUGCUCCCAUGAUGAGUGGUUCAAACACAACUGUGGUCACAAAGAAGAUGCCAGUGUCAUCUGUGCAGUUGCUGACUCCCCAGAACCUGCAACAGCCAUAGGCAUGGAGCCUUUGAUUCAGUCAUCAGAUGAUGUUAUAUUAGUGAAGCUUGUGAAUGGAUCUGGAAGGUGUUCAGGACGUGUGGAAGUUCACUACCAAGGAAUCUGGGGGACUGUGUGUGAUGAUCUCUGGGACAAGAAUGAAGCUGAUGUGGUGUGCAGACAGCUAAAGUGCGGUCAAUCCAUUUCAGCCCUGGGAGGAGCCCACUUUGGAGCAGGUUUAGGAAAAAUCCUUCUGGACAACGUGCAGUGCACAGGGAAAGAAAGUCAUCUGGGGCAGUGCCCCCAUGUUGGUUGGGAUGCUCACAACUGUGGGCACCAAGAAGAUGCUGGAGUCAUUUGUUCAGAUGCUAAGGAUCCAGUAAUUCUCAAACCUUCUCCAAGUCCCCAAGAGGCUUCCUCAAUACCCAUACCACCAGAUGAUGUUAUAUCAGUGAGACUUGUGAAUGGAACUGGAAGGUGUUCAGGACGUGUGGAAGUUCACUACCAAGGAACCUGGGGGACUGUGUGUGAUGAUCUUUGGGACAGGAAUGGAGCUGAUGUGGUGUGCAGACAGAUGGAGUGUGGCCAGUCCACCUGGGCCCUGGGAGGGGCCCACUUUGGAGCAGGCUCAGGAAAAAUCCUUCUGGACAACGUGCAGUGCACAGGGAAAGAAAGUCAUCUGGGGCAGUGCGUUCACCUUGGCUGGGAUGCACACAACUGUGGGCAUCAGGAAGAUGCUGGGGUCAUUUGCUCAGGUGAUGAUUCCUCUAAUGCUCCAACAACAGGUGCUGAUUCUUCAAAUUCUCAACCUACAGGGGUAAAAGUGAAGGGGAUCUUCUGCAACCUCCCGUCUACUGCAAAAGUGACCCUGACUAGUCUUCCUCCACCCCCUCGUCCCUCCUACAAUUCUCUGUAUACACUAAUCAUCGAGUCAGACAGGAUAGUGGCUCAUGAAAAUUCAGUCCCUUCUAAACCUCAAGGAGAAUGGGCACCAGUGAAGCUAGUAGGAGGUAAAGGAAGAUGUUUGGGACGAGUUGAAAUUUAUUACCAAGGAGAAUGGGGAACGGUGUGUGACGAUCUCUGGGAUAUGAAGCAAGCAAAUGUUGUGUGCAGGCAACUAGGAUGUGGCUGGGCCAUUUCAGCCCCAAGUGAGGCCCAUUUUGGGCAAGGUUCUGGGAAAAUUCUUCUGGACAAUGUGCACUGUAAGGGAGAUGAAAAUUAUCUUGAACAGUGUUCCCAUAUAGGCUGGCUUUCCCACAACUGUGGCCAUGGAGAAGAUGCCAGUGUCAUCUGUUCAGAUGCUGAAAAUUCAUCUGUUACACUAUCAGGAAAAUCUUCCUGUGGUGGUGUCAUCUCAAAUACAUCUGGAGGAAUUAGAAACCCUCCCCAAAAUGAAAUGCAUGACAACAUAACGUGUAUUUGGGAAAUAAAGACCAAGUCAUCUAAUCACAUAAUGCUGGCAUUUCCUUAUCUUAACCUGGACUGCACUAAUGAAUAUUUUGAAAUCCUGGAUGGAGAUCGAUUUUCUUCUGAUUCCUUGGGGAGAACUUGUAAUGGGACCUACCUCACAUACUCUUCUUCUUCUAACACAAUGACACUUGUGUACUAUCGCAAUUACAACAAUCUAGGAAAAAACUUUGUUGCUUAUUAUUAUUCUGUAGCCAAAGGAAACUGGCCAGAACUGAAACUUGUUGAUGGUCCUGGGAAAUGUGCAGGAAGAGUUGAAGUCCUUUAUCAAGGGAUCUGGGGCACUGUCUGUGAUGACCUGUGGGAUCUUAAUGAAGCAGAAGUGGUGUGCAGACAGCUCAAAUGUGGGCAAGCUGUUUCUGCACUAGGGAAGGCUCAUUUUGGCCCAGGCUCAGGUGAAAUUCUCUUGGACAAUAUGCAGUGUGCAGGAGUUGAACGUUACCUUGGGCAAUGCUCCCAUGCUGGUUGGUCUGAACACAACUGUGGUCACCAUGAAGAUGCCAGUGUCAUCUGCUCAGGUACCCCUUCAUCUGUCAAAAAACCCACUUCCUUCAUUAUAUCAGAAGACUGGCCAGAACUUCGCCUGGUGGGUGGUUCGGGGCAAUGUGCAGGACGAGUGGAAGUCCAUUAUCAAGAAGUCUGGGGCACAGUUUGUGAUGACCUGUGGGAUCUAAAUGAGGCUGAGGUGGUAUGCAGACAGCUGGGGUGUGGACAUGCUGUGUCAGCCCCUGGAGAAGCACACUUCGGCCCAGGCUCAGGAAACAUCCUCUUGGACAAUAUGCAGUGUGCUGGGACUGAAGGCUACCUGGGUCAGUGCUCCCACUCUGGAUGGUCCAACCAUAACUGUGGUCAUCAUGAAGAUGCUGGUGUCAUCUGCUCAGGAGAAAGUAAUUCUUGUGGUGGUGUGAUUUCAAGUCUUUCUGGCUCAUUUUCUAGUCCAUGGUAUCCUGGAAAUUAUCCAACAGACAUACAAUGUGUCUGGGAGAUACACGUAGAUAGGAAAUUCCAUAUUGAGCUCAUGAUUCCAAAUUUGAAGUUGGAAGACAUUUAUGGCUGUCCUUAUGAUUUCAUUGAAAUAUUUGAUGGGCCACAAGUAGCCUCUCUAUCCCUGGGAAGAUUCUGUUCAUCUAUAGCACUCACAUUUUUCUCUUCUUCAAACAUCAUGACGGUUGUGUUCAGAAGUGACUCUAUGAUCACCAACACGGGUUUUUAUGUAAUGUACAAUGCUGUUAGGAAAAAUGAACAGGAAACAAAUAAAGGACCAGAACUGCUCUUUGUUGGUAGUUCUGGGAGAUGUGCAGGAAGAGUUGAGGUUCAUUACCAGGGAACCUGGAGCAGGGGGCAUGACCUAUGAGAUCUGAAUUAAGGAGGAGUGGUAUACAGGCAGUUCAAAAAUGAGAACGCCAUUUCAGCCCCCAGGGAAGCUCACUUUGGACCACGAAGCAUCCUUCUGGACAGCUUACAAUGUGCAGGAAAUGAGAACUGUCUUGGACAGUGUUCCUACUCUGGCUAGUUUCAGCACAACUGUGGUCAUCAUAAAGAUGCUAGAGUCAUGUUCAAGUACGCUGAAAAUUUAAUUCCAAGUGUGACUCCUACACCUCCAGGAGGAACAAACUCUUGUGGUGGAGUCAUCUCAAAGCUUUCUGGCUCAUUUUCUAGCCCUUGGUAUCCUAAAAACUAUCCCACAAAUGUAGAAUGUGUAUGGGUUAUACAUGUGAAUGAGAAAUUCCAUAUAGAACUUCAGAUCCCCAGUCUGAAACUGGAAGAUAUCUAUGGGUGCCCUUAUGACUUUCUUGAAGUCUUUGAUGGCAUGCAAGCUGCCUACCUCUCCAUGGGGAGAUUCUGUGCUGGAACAGAUCUCACAUUUUUCUCUUCUUCAAGCAAAGUGACAAUUGUGUUCAGAAGUGACGCUAUGAUCACCAAUAGUGGCUUCUAUGCAAUGUAUAAUGCUAUUCAGCAAGGUGAACGGGAAGCUGAUAUGUCUCUGAGACUGGUGAAUGGAAGUCACAGGUGUGAAGGUCGUGUAGAGGUAUACUACAAUGGCACCUGGGGGACAGUGUGUGAUGACAGCUGGGACCUGACAGAUGCCCAGGUCGUGUGCCAGCAGAUGGGCUGUGGACAAGCUCUUUCUGCACCAGGACAAAACCACUUUGUGGGAGGUUCAGGACCCAUAAUUCUGGAUGAUGUGCAAUGCAUUGGAAAUGAAGCCAAAGUGUGGCAGUGUAUACACAACGGUUGGUUCUCCCAUAACUGUGGGCACCAGGAAGAUGCCAGUGUUGUCUGCUCAGGUACGUUCCAUUUGGCACUGUCGGUGCCCUCAAGGAGUAGUUGAAAAGAUGAAAAUUUCCAUUGUGGUGGCUUGCUCACAAAUUCUUCAGGCUCUUUUUCCAGUCCUUGGUACCCUAAAAAAUACCCCACAAAUAUAGUCUGUGCCUGGGAAAUACAAGUGGACAGCAAGGCUCAUGUCAAACUCACAUUUGAAGUACUAAAGAUGGAAAACUUCUAUGGCUGUCCUUAUGACUUCGUAGAAGUAUUUGAUGGUCCCCAAAGCACGUCCUUUUCCCUGGGGAGGUUUUGUUCCAGCACCACCCCAAUAUUUACAUCUUCCUCCAAUAGUAUGACUGUUGUGUUCCACAGCGAUGCCAUCAUCACCAAUAUUGGCUUCUACGCUUCCUACUACUCCCUAGUACAAGAUGAAAAUGAUAGUGAUAUUUCUCUGAGAUUGAUGAAUGGAAGUCACCGAUGUGAAGGACGAGUUGAAGUGUACUACAAUAACACCUGGGGCACAGUGUGCGAUGACAGCUGGGACCUCAGAGACGCCCAGGUUGUGUGCAGACAGCUGGACUGUGGGAGAGCUAUUGCAGCCCCAGGACGAGCAUCUUUUGACCGAGGAUCAGGAGCUAUUGUUUUGGAUGAUGUGGAAUGUGCUGGAAAUGAAGAAAAACUAUGGCAUUGCCUUAACAGUGGCUGGUUCUCCCAUAAUUGUGGCCAUCAUGAGGAUGCUGGAGUUAGCUGUUCAGGUGCUCCAUCCACUCCACCACCUAGCUUUCCCUGUCCUGAAUUUUUGCAAGCCAGUCUCACCUCAAGUUGGCUCUGUCAUCUCUCAAUCCAAGGUCCAGGUAUCAGGUUAGCAGCUGGCCAGGACAGAUGCCAGGGGCGUGUGGAAGUUUAUCACAAUGGCACCUGGGGGACCGUAUGUGAUGACAACUGGAACAUCAAAAAUGCUCAUGUCGUCUGCAAGCAGCUGGGCUGUGGAGCGGCUGUGGAGUCUCUCCCAGGAGCCAGGUUCGGCCCCGGCUCUGGCAGCAUUAUCCUGGAUGAUGUUGACUGUACAGGAGAGGAAUCCUCCUUAGAAGAGUGCCCUCAUAAUAACUGGUUUUCCCACAACUGUGGGCACCAUGAAGAUGCCAGUGUAAUCUGUUCAAAUUUACCAGUAAUAAGGCUGGUGAAUGGGAGGAACAAGUGUGAAGGUCGUUUGGAAGUUUAUCACAAUGAAACCUGGGGGACUGUAUGUGAUGAUCUCUGGAGCAUCUCAGCUGCCAGUGUGGUGUGCAGACAGUUGGACUGUGGGCUUGCCCUCUCUGCCCCAAGGAACAGCAUGUUUGGCAAAGGAUCGGGCAGCAUUUUACUAGAUGAUGUACAAUGUGAUGGCAAUGAGACUAAUAUUGGACAGUGCCAUCAUCUUGGUUUAUUUGUACAUAACUGUGGCCACCAUGAAGAUGCUGGGGUUGUUUGUUCAGACUUGCCAGAUGUCAGACUGGUGAAUGGAAGAGACAGGUGUGAAGGACUCCUUGAAGUGUAUUACAAUGGGACAUGGGGGACUGUGUGUGAUGACCUUUGGGAUAUCCAUGCAGCUCAUGUGGUGUGCAGGCAGCUGGACUGUGGAGAAGGGAGAAGCUCCAUGAAGAAUGGAUAUUUUGGGGCUGGCUCAGGAAGCAUCCUCCUGGAUGAUGUGCAAUGCCAAGGAAAUGAGAACAAUCUAGGGCAAUGUCGCCACCGUGGCUUCUCUGUCCACAACUGCGGUCACCAUGAAGAUGCAGGAGUGAUUUGCUCAGCAUCCACGACAGAAACGACCACUUUAUCUGCGUCUAUCACAGAAGUGAGCACCUUAUCUGAAUCUACCACAGAAGUUACCUCUUCAUCUGAUUUAGUCAGCCCUAUUUCUGACAGUCAGGCAUUUGGUGAACAAUUUCAUGCUAGUCUUCUUGUGUUCUUCGUGAUUUCAAAAAUGUUUAUGGAAGAAGAAUCAGCCACAGAAUCGACCAUUUCAUCUGUUACAAUCACAGAAGAAGCAACUUCACCUGACCCAACUUCAUCCUCGACAGGAUUGACCCCUUCACCUGAUUUGCCUCUCAGACUUGUGAAUGGACGGAACCGGUGUGAGGGUCGGAUUGAAGUCCGUUAUGAUGGCAUAUGGGGCACCGUAUGUGAUGAUCAUUGGAAUAUAAAGAAUGCACGUGUCGUUUGCAAGCUGCUUGGCUGUGGCAGGGCUGUAGGGGCCCCUGGACAUGGUCGCUUUGGGGCAGGAGUGGGAGAUAUAUUGCUAGAUGAUGUGCGCUGUGUGGGAAAUGAGGCUUCUUUAGAGCAAUGUCAUCAUUCAGGUUGGGGUGUCCACAACUGCAAACACCAAGAAGAUGCAGGAGUCAUCUGUACAGCUUUAUCCAGCUCUGUUGUACCCAAGGAACACGCCCAGCUUGCUUGCUUCCCAGAUCGAUUCCAGGCUGUCAUUGACCGAGGAUAUCUUCAGCAACUAGGCUACUCUCCCUGGAAUGCACACUCAAAUGACAGGUUGUGCAGACCACAGGUUACAGGACGUUUUCUUAUAUUUAACAUACCUUUUGGCAGAUGUGGGACAGUCAGACAGGACAGAUUCGGUUCCAUCAGUUACUCCAACUCCAUCAGAACCAGAACCCGGGUCCAUCCGGGCCGCAUCAUUGUAAAGCACAGGGUGCCGCAGCUGAAAUUCACAUGCAACACCCACCAGGCUCCCGUGGUUGAGAUCAUUCACGCAGCUAACAGCCCCAGUGAGAAUGGCCAAGUUGCCAACUAUGAUGUCUCCAUAACAAUUUUUGAGCCAUCACAACUCCAGGUUCCAGAGACCAUGACACCGUACCAGGCUGGCCAGAGGAAAGAAGUCUUUCUUCAAGCCACUCUCCAUAGCCCAGAUCCCAACCUAAUGCUGUUUGUAGAUACGUGUAUGGCUUCCCCUGAUGCCAAUGAUUUUUCAACUGUGAACUAUGUCUUAAUCCAGCAAGGAUGCAUUAAGGACAAGUCCUUUGCAAACCUCAACUCUCAGCACAAGAAUGUGGCACAGUUCAAAUUCAACGCCUUCAACUUUCUCAACAACUAUGAUGUGGUUUACCUGCAGUGUAAGGUUGUGGUGUGCAAGGCAGACGACCACUCUUCCCGAUGCUACAAGGGUUGUAUGGGUCGGAACAAGCGAGAUACGAGUGACCCGGGAGAAACAGAAGCUGCAAAAGAAGGAUAUGAAUUUAUAGGACCUUUGGAGAUACUGAAAGGAGUCAAUCAGAGCAGGAGUCUACCAUGAUUUCUCCAGUUUUUCACAAAAAUUAGUUUUGAAAUUA